AUGGCUCCGGCCAAUAGCAGAUUCGGUGGACAGAAUUCAGCGGCUUCAUACACACGUCUACCGCCAAUAACGUUACCUACAAACACACCAGGACAUCAUUCCUCGAACUCAGGCAGCCUACCCCCUCCUUCCUUUCAUCACGCUUUCGGACAACCGAGCCCUUUCGCUCCUACGGGCAACUUGAAUGGACUCGCUGGAGGGUUUGGUCCGGGGGGUGGGCUAGGUGCUGGUGGGACAGGGCUGGCAAGUCGAGAGGCGAUGAUGGGAUUCCAACACGGUGCAGAACUACAACAGCAACAACAGAUCAAGGAACAGAUGCGGAGGGAAGGUGGAAUGGGCCCAAAAGGCCAAUUAAAAUCCAGGAUACGAGACGUGUGGCGGGGGAACCUAGCUCAGGAAAUGGGACUACUGCGCGUGAUGGUAGAACAGUAUCCGUACAUCAGCAUGGAUACUGAGUUCCCUGGCAUCGUCGCUCGACCGAUGGGCGCUUUCACUACCAAAGCCGAUUACCACUACCAGACCCUGCGCUGCAAUGUCGACCUCCUUAAAGUCAUUCAACUCGGUAUAACACUGUUCAGUGAGGAUGGGGAAAUGCCGCCUGCGCACCAGACAGAAUCUGCUACAUCAUCAUACUCAAACAAUCUGCUACCUUGCCCUUGCACCUGGCAAUUCAACUUCCAGUUCUCCCUGGGCGAAGACAUGUACAAUCAGGACUCGAUAGACUUUUUGAUGACGGCUGGACUUGAUCUCGAGGCGCAUGAAAAAAAUGGCAUAGACCCUCAGGCCUUUGGUUCUCUGCUAAUGACAUCUGGUCUUGCAUUGCUGGACGACGUUCGAUGGAUAUCAUUCCACUCUGGUUAUGAUUUUGGCUACCUCGUGAAGCUCAUGUUGUGCAAGCAAUUACCAGAAGACGAGACAGAAUACCGAAAACUCCUGAGCAUCUUCUUUCCCGCAAUCUAUGACAUCAAAUACAUGAUCAAGGCCGCUCAAAGAACUCAGACAGUCAAUGACGCUGCUUUGUCGCCUUCAGCCACGAACAUACUCAACAACUUAGGCCAGAAGUCAGGUUUGCAAGACCUGGCUGAUGAGCUUGGGAUCAAGCGGAUUGGGGUAGCACACCAAGCUGGUUCUGAUAGCCUGUUGACCGGCAAGGUGUUUUGGGAAGUGAAGAAGAAUAUUUUCAAUGGCACGAUUGACGACGAAAAGUACCUAGGCCAUGUGUGGGGGCUGAACGGGAUGGGCUCGGCAGCUUCCACUGCGAAUUAUGCACAAAGCGGCUAUGGCAAUGCCGUGGAUGGGCAAUCCAAUACACCGAACCUCAACGGCGCUACCAUCUACAACCACACUCCAACCCCUAUCCAACCAAGCACACCGGCAAGCUCGCACACGGGUCUAGCAAGCACUCUGGCGAGUCCUCCGAGCCAACAGAAUCCGAACAACGGCGGAGGAAUUGGGUCGCUGACUCCGGGUGGAGGGGCUGGCGUCUUCGGUGCUUUCCGAGGGUUUGGGGGAAAGGGCUGA